AUGAUGAAUUUGAGUUUAUGCACCUAUAAAUCUUUUUGUCGAACUGCCUGUUUAAGUAUUUGGCAACCGAUUCGUUUUAUUUCUACAGCACUACCCGACAGUUGGUAUAAACGUUUACCUCCUAUUGAUGAAAAAGAUAUUGAAGAAAAAGCUAUCAAAGGUUCAGGGCCAGGUGGACAAGCAAUAAAUAAAACACAUAAUUGUUGUCAAAUAAAACAUAUUCCAACGGGUAUUGUUGUAUCAUGCCAGCAAACUCGUUUUCUGGAAAAAAAUCGUUUUCUUGCACGUCGUCAAUUGCAAGAAAGAUUGGAUGUUUUGUAUAACGGUGAUCAAAGUCUUGUUGCACAAUAUAAACGCGAAAAAAGUGAAAAAAAAGAAGCUAAACGUUCAGAAACAAAGAAAACUUUAGAAAAGAAACGUGCAUUUAAAUCUGAACAAGAUAUUUAUUCAACUAAUAAUACAAAUGAUAAACUACCAGACAAAUCAAAUGAAUGA